AUGCUAUUGCCCCUAAAGAACCUUCAACACGGUGAAGACGACGCCAAUCCCAAUCGUUCCGCUUCGAGUUGUUCGAUGACGCCAACGCGGAACCACUCCUCCAGGAUCAGCUCCAUCGACAGCCAGGAGGUAGGAGUCAUUAGACCAACUCCAGAGUCAGUCACCUUCCCAAAAACACCCAAUCCCGCUAUGAAACACAGAAAAUCGAGAGGAUUUCUCUCAUUUUUGUUUGGAAAACGAUUCCAGAAGACCAAGAAACAGGAUCAGGUAAAUGGUAACCACUUCUACUUAAAGGAACACGAUAUUAGGAGGCUAAUCCGCUUGUACUGCAAAUAUGACAACUUGUAUGACCAAAAAAACCCAUAUUAUGGAAACGAAGAGACCGAUGAGGAUUGCUAUAAUUACUUGGCGAGGUCGUUUCCUGGAAUCACGAGCUCUGAACUGAGAUCAUGUCUCGAGGAGCUAAGAAUGUCCUUCGAGCGGGAGUACACCAUUAUCGAAAGGGCACGACGGAACUCUGGAGAAAUUAUGAAGCCUUCAAUUUGGUACUACAAUGAGUUCCUUUUCCUGGUGCCUUAUCUCUGCAUCGAUUUUGAGAAAGAUCUUCUGGGCAGCGGAAACAGCUUGCUGUCCAUCGGAAGAGUUUUAUCUACGGAUCCGAAAAAUCAAAUGGUCACCACAAAGAUUUUGUCUCAUAACCUAACCAAUUUUACAGGGUUUCCUUUAGCUGCGUUUCCUGGAAACCUAUCGUGCUGCAGAAAGAUUGUCAAACAGAAUAGCGAUAUGGAAUUGCAGAAGCAAUCGAAGAUCACUGAGCAGGGAGAUCCGGAGAAAGAAAAAGAAAUAGAACAGGAGGCACAGGAUGCGCAGAAGAAAGAAAAACCUAAUGAUCAGGAGCAUAUCGACGAAAAAAGUUUAAAUGAGCAAGAGGAUCAGAAGGAAAAAAUCAGCGAGCAGGAGGAUCAGCAGCAGAAGGUGUCUUUUUCUCCUACAUCAGAACAGAAGGCCAUAUAUUACAGUGAAGAAGAUGCCAGCCAAAACAAAUCCAUCUCCAAAGUUUCCACCCAAUCUUCGUAUUAUGCCAAUGAGCGAGAUCUGAAAACCACCGAUCUAAUUUGCUCCUGCCAAUCAGAUGGAGCAACUGAAAAGCGGGCACCUACCUCAGAAUCCUCUCAAAAACCAGUUGCCUGUCCCUGGCGACCUAAAAAUUCUCCUUGUGUGCCCCAAUGUCAGGUAACAGGAUCACAGCCGAAUGUUAAAUCCCAACUCAGUUCCUCUCCACCGGAAAACUCUCCUCGUUUACCCAAAAGUCAGGACACAGGAUCUGAACCUACUCAAAAUCACGUUGCCUGCCCCUGGCAACCGAAAAACUCGGGAUGUGUGUCCGAAUGCCUGGUAGAUCUCCCGGGAUCCUCUCCAGAACCAUCUAUCCCAGUCGAAAAUAAAGCCUCUGAUCAAUCUGGAAAAAGCCAGCAAGUGCAGAUGCUUUGCGAUAUGAUACGAACCGAACUAACCGAUGCUCCCGAAUUUAUAUACUUCGACGCCAAGUGGCGAAUCAUAGAGAUUUUGAGGGACGUUCACAAGAGACAGUUAGUUGAUCAUAAAGGCAAGGCUCAGGGUAAUCCACGCCGACCAAUGCCGCCCAAAAAACGCACCUCUGGAGAGACCAAUUUAACGCAAAAAUAUCAACAGUACAAAUUGGAUAGAAGCACCCAGGAAAAAGGCAUUACGAGGAUCUGCGACCAUCUCAAGUGCAGUCACUGUCCCUACUGCUGCCGGCACAACUGAACUGGAACCAAAACCCCAUACAUCACUAUCAGCAAUAACCCUGACCGACUUAAUCUAGCGAUAAGUCAGCUCGAGCAACAAAACCACUUUCUCUCAGUCACAAAAGCAGUCGCACAUUGGA